UUUAUUUUUUAGUAACUGUUAUUGUGUCAUGGCGGUACGGUCUGUGUUGUUUUCGUUCUGUGAUUAAAGCUAAAUCCCAAUAGUCUGAAGGUGUUAUGUUUACCUGAGCAAUUUCUUCUGUCCUGGGGUCGACCUAGGCGGAAAAUGCAAAUAUAUAUUUAAGGCAGCGAUAAAUGUGUACGCUUUCUGCCGAUCCCCAAAUCCGUUUCAAGAAAAUACGCAGUUAGUGUUAUAUAUUUAUUGUAUACCCACUAAUUCAACACCUACACAUAGUGGGAUUGUUCUGAUCAAAUAAAAAUACAUUACAAAAUGCAGGACGAGGAUGUUUUGGUCAGUGCUGCUGAAUUCAUUAAAGAUCGACUUUAUUUUGUGACAUUGAGAACAGAAGAGCAGCCUAGAGCUACAGCAUGCACUCACUACUUUACUGUAGAGAAAAUAUAUAACUAUGAGAGUUUCUUUUAUGACUUUGGUCCACUGAAUAUUUCUAUGUUAUAUAGUUAUUGCAACAAACUAAACAAGAAACUCAAUGCAGUAACUUUGAAACACAAACGUAUUGUACACACAACUACAGAUCAUAAGAGGAACCGGUUAAAUGCAGCUUGCUUAAUUGGAUGCUAUGCAAUAAUUUAUUUAGAUUUUACACCACAGAAAGCUUUUGAUGUUUUGAAUAUGAACAAUCAUAUACCAUUCAUUGAGUAUAGGGAUGCUUCAAUUGGAGAGCCAUACACUAUCUCUCUCAUGGACUGCUUGAAAGGCCUGAGCAAAGCAAAGAAAUGUGGCUUCUUUGAUUUCACAAACUUCAAUCAAACACUUUAUGAAUAUUAUGAGCACGUGGAGAACGGCGAUCUUAAUUGGAUUGUACCUGAGAAAUUUCUUGGCUUCUGUGGACCUCACAACCAAAGCAGAGUGCAUCAUGGGUACCCUUUACAUGCCCCUGAGUUUUAUUUCAAUUAUUUUCAAAAGAACUACGUCACAACUAUAAUUAGGUUGAAUAAGAAAAUUUACGACUCUAAUAAGUUUGUGAACGCCGGUUUCGAGCACUACGAUUUGUACUUUUUAGAUGGUAGCACGCCAACUGACAAAAUUCUGCACGAUUUUAUGAAUAUUUGCGAAAGAGCUCCUGGAGCUGUAGCUGUACACUGCAAAGCUGGUCUUGGACGGACAGGCACUUUAAUUGGUUGCUAUUUAAUGAAGCAUUAUAAGUUUGCCGCUAAAGAAGCUGUAGCCUGGAUCCGUAUGUGCCGACCGGGAUCUGUUAUUAGCCAUCAACAAGUAUGGUUGGAAUGCAAACAAGAUCAAAUGUGGAAGGAAGGCGAGAUGUAUCGAAUGGCGAGGGAUCUGAAAAGUCCUCUUUGUCAUAAGAAAGGCAUUUAUGCUGAUAUGGCGACAGAAGGACUCGAAGAUGAUGUGCCGCAGCAGGUCUGUUGCAUUCUGAAGAAGGUUAACACGAUGAAGUUGAAUGACAAGGAAGAAGUGAAAUCGCCCAGCGAAGAGAACGCUUCGCCUUUGACUCAAGGCGAUAAGCUGAAUCAAAUAAAGGCACUGAGAAGGCAGACCAGACCUCUGGUUACAAGACCGAUCAACGAUAGAAAAACAGCAGUAUUAAGAACUACAGCCGUUUUGAGAUCAAGCAAAAUAUCUCCAGUGUCUACUUUAAAAACACCUACAGCUUCGUCGGCAGCGCGAGUUAUAACGACAAAGAGAAAUGACGAGACCCCAAGACGGAGUAGUCAAAGAAAGUUGACUCCAACGUCAGUAGUGAGUGUUAAGUCAUCGACACCGAAGACCAACGAGAAUGGGUGGUUGUUGCAGGUCGAGGCAGACGCCAAAAAGGAAACGAAGCAAGUUAAACGAGCGAAAAGGACGCUCACGUCUGAAAAGGAGAAGUCCACGUCGGUGAAAGUGCUGAGACCGUCCAAUCCUAUCUCGCUGUUGGACAAAACAACGGCCAGGCCGAAACUUAGCCUACCUAAUGUUAAGAACAAUAAGACGCUUUAAGAUGUUGUUGUUUUUUUCUUGCUAUUAUGUGUACAUAAGAUAUGUAUAGAGAUUAUACUUAACGACAGAAAUGCCUUUUUACUAAAUGCACAUGUUAACUUAUAUUUUUGUUCGUGCAAUUAUUAAUAUUAUUAUCGUUGUUAUUUGUGUAUGAGCUGUGGCCGUUUCCAUUUGAAACGCAAUCUUUACAUCACAUUAUUUUAUGGAUACCCAAUUUUAUAUUUUAUAAUGCCGUUUCAAAUGGACAACUUGCCACCAUGAGAUAAGAUAUAUGAGAACUUGAUUAGAAUAGUAACAUAUCAACCACUAGUACAUUUUGCAUCGAUGUAAAUUAAUUUCAAGAUAUGUUGAAACUAAGAAAAUAAUUUUUAAUUUGUACACUGAAAUUUACCUGUAGUUGUUUUUUUUAUAAUAUGAUUACUAAAUAUAAGAUGGUAUUGACUGGUAA